GAUUUCUGUAGUUUUACCCUUUGUUAAUUCUCAUUUUGACCGAACUUUCUGCCGAAGAAAUCAAAUUAAAUCACAUUUUCUCUGUUACAAAAUAAAGAAUUAAGCCACAUCUUGACUUAUUUGAUAGUUUAACAUCCAAAGAAUAAGUUGCAUCCAUCAAAAUGUCUAAAAGAAAAGCAAUAGAUGAUGAUUUAGAGUUUGAAACUGGAGGCCCUGUGGUCCAAAAAGCAAAAGCAAAUCCAGAUGUUGGCAGCCGGUUCAAAGAGAAACAUUCAUUAGACAGUGAUGAAGAAGAUGAAGAUAAAGACAAGUACGAUGUCAUGGCUGAAGAUGAUAUUGAGGGUCAAGAAGAUGACACCAUAGAUUAUGAUGAUGGAAUAAAGAUCACUCCCUUCAACAUGAAGGACGAAUUGGAAGAAGGCCAUUUUGAUAAGGAGGGUACAUUCAUUUUUGACAAAGAGCAAAACAUUGCUGAUAACUGGCUGGAGAAUAUUGACUGGGUGAAAAUCAAGGAACGACCCAAGGGUGCCAAGAAUGAUGACGAUGAUGAUAGUGAUGAGGAAGAGGAAGAUAAAGUGGACAAGAUAGACAUUUAUCAACAAAUUCUCAAAUAUCUUAAACCAGGAGAGUCUGUUGCUCGUGCCAUCAAGCGGCUCGGUGGGAGCAAAUCAUCAAGCCAGCGGUGGAAAAAGCCAAAGCCAGGUCAAGUUGAAAAACCAGACGGGACUGAUAAAGAAGCUAUGUUGGAGCUGACGGGAUUUGCAGAUAAAUUAACACAAAUUGGAGACUAUGACAUUUAUUCAGACACUUUUGAAAAGUUGACGCAUUUAGUGAACACUGCAAAUGAGGCCAAGCCUAAGAAAGUUGAAAUACCAGCUGAUGCAGAUUCAGAUGAUGCAUUAGAUAUGUUUGCUGAUGACAUUGAUGAGAAAAAGGCAGACGCUGCAAAUGGGAAGACAGUUGAUGCAGAGAAAAAAUCGGAAACAGAAGCAGCCACAGCAAGUAAUCCUUUAGAUGAUGAGGUGAUGUGGGAAUACAAGUGGAACAGUGAAGGCGAGGAGGUCUUCGGCCCUUACUCAAGUAGCCAGAUGCAGGAGUGGGUCGAUGAUGGCUUCUUCAAGGAUGAUGUCUUGGUGCGAAAAGCUGGAAACGAUGGUGAUUUCUACUCCUCGAGGCGGAUCGAGUUUGACUUGUACACUUAGAUUUGAUAUCUUCUGAUAUGCAUUUCUGUGUGUGCUAAAAAUAAAACCUUCGGACUAGUAUGUGCUUAAUGGUAGAUUUCGUGUCUUUGGCUGGACCCUGGACUGCUGAGUAUUAUGGCUCUGGCACUAUUCGGCUUGUCAGGGGUGUGAUUGAUGAUAUUGUGUGAAAUGAUGUGUAGAAAGAGUUUUCAUGUGUACAAUAUGAAUUUGUUCUUGUAGAUAUCAAAAAAUGGCCAUCUUAUGGCGGUUUCUUAUAAUUUCUAUAAGUUUUUUUGCUGGGUUGCUGUACAUGUACAUGUAUGAAAGAAUCUUGUUACUAAAUUUGUACAGUAUAUAUUCUAAAAUACAUGGUUCACCUGAACACUGUGGGCUAAAUGGCCUGAGCUGAAACAUUUUUUUAUUACUAAUAAGUUAACUUGCAUGUUGUGCUAUUUUCUGAUUUUCUUCAGUUUUCAGUCACUGCCAUUUAUUGAAAAGUUACAUGCGUCGACAGUUGCUGAUUAAUGCCAAUAGUGUUUUACGCCAUUUGCAUAUGAAAGGUUUAUUUAGUCUUUUAAGUUGUUCUUCCUGGUAAAAGUACAAAUGUAGAUUUCUUUAUCCAUCCCAGCCCAAUAGGCAGGACCGAGCCAAAUUUGCAGUGCAGUUUCAGUUAACAGUGCUCUAGGGUUUGUAAAUAUUGUAGAUCUAUCUUUUAUUGGAGAGAAAAUAAAUAAAUUCA